AUGAAGCUUUUUCUCAUCGCUUUUGGUAUAUCCUCGGUCUUUGCUCAUUCUUUUUCUGGAUCCUCUGAUUCGGAUGAAGGUCACAGUCAUCGUGGUCGUGGACAUAGGACACCCCGACCAUCUGGACCAAAAUCUUGUGAAAGUGGAUGGACGGCCUUUGAUAGACCACAUGGGAGAUGGUGUAUUAAGCCAUUCUACGGGAACACGAACCACAUCACUGCACAAGCCGCGUGCCAAAAACAUGGAGCCAACCUAACAGGCUUCCAAACUGCUAAUGAAGUUACACAAACCGUUCACCUAUUAAGAACCCUUAUCAACCAAAAAUCUCCCGGUGCAAAUACCAUCACCUGGAUCGGUGGAAUAAGAAAAGCGAAAUGUUACCGACCUGGUAUCUGUACCCCCCGCUGACACUUAUGAGUGGGAUGAUGGUCUUACAAAUGGGACAGCUGGUUUUACUUAUGGUGUCAAUCAGCCUGAUUUGAUGAGCUUAAGGCAAUGGUGCCUAACGUUGCUUGUACAUGCAACAUCCGAUGCUGGCGUUGUCACUCCUCAAUUCAGUCUUUACAAUGGGAAUAUGGACGAUGUGUUCUGCGAUCAGUCGCUUGACACAUAUGUUUGUGGGAAACUUCCACGAUAAAA